AUGAGGAGCUCGCGGCCCCUGCUCGCGCUCCCCCUGCUCGCCCUCUGCGGGCGCGGGGACAGCCGGCUGGCUAACGCGGAGGAGAGGCUGAUGGACGACCUCCUGAACAGAACCCGCUACAACAGCCUCAUCCGCCCGGCCACGGGCUCCGCGCAGCUCAUCGUCAUCAAGCUGCAGCUCUUCCUGGCGCAGCUCAUCAGCGUGAACGAGCGGGAACAGAUCAUGACCACCAACAUCUGGCUGAAGCAGGAGUGGACGGACCACCGUCUGGCCUGGGACAGCGCCCACUACCAGGGGGUGAAGAUCCUGCGGAUCCCGUCCAGGCGCAUCUGGCUCCCCGACAUCGUGCUCUACAACAACGCCGACGGCACGUACGAGGUCUCCGUGUACACCAACGCCGUGGUCUACGCCAACGGCAGCAUCGAGUGGCUGCCCCUGGCCAUCUACAGGAGCGCGUGCAAGAUCGAGGUGCGGCACUUCCCCUUCGACCAGCAGAACUGCUCGCUCACCUUCCGCUCGUGGACCUACGACCACACGGAGAUCGACAUGGUGCUCAUGUCCCCGACGGCCAGCAUGGACGACUUCACGCCCAGCGGCGAGUGGGACAUCGUGGCGCUGCCGGGGCGCCGCACCGUGGACCCGCGGGACCCGGGCUACGUGGACGUCACGUACGACUUCAUCAUCCGCCGCAAGCCGCUCUUCUACACCAUCAACCUCAUCAUCCCGUGCGUGCUCAUCACCUCGCUCGCCAUCCUCGUCUUCUACCUGCCGUCCGACUGCGGCGAGAAGAUGACGCUGUGCAUCUCCGUGCUGCUGGCGCUCACCUUCUUCCUGCUGCUCAUCUCCAAGAUCGUGCCGCCCACCUCGCUCGACGUGCCGCUCGUGGGCAAGUACCUGCUCUUCACCAUGGUGCUGGUCACCUUCUCCAUCGUCACCACCGUCUGCGUGCUCAACGUGCACCACCGCGCGCCCAGCACGCACGCCAUGCCCGCCUGGGUGCGGCGCGGCUUCCUGCGCCGGCUGCCGGCCUUCCUGCUCAUGACGCGGCCCGGCGCGCGGCCCGGCCCCGCCCCCGCCCCCGGCCCCGCCCCGCCGCCGGGGCCCCGCCCGCGCCGACGCCCCGCCGCCCCGCCCCCGCCGGGGCUGCGGCGGGACCUGCGCGAGGCCCUGGACGGGGUGGGCUUCAUCGCGCAGCACCUGAGGAGCAGCGACGAGGACCAGAGCGUGGUGGAAGACUGGAAGUUCGUGGCCAUGGUGGUGGACCGGCUGUUCCUGUGGGUGUUCGUGUUCGUGUGCGUCCUGGGCACCGUGGGGCUCUUCCUGCCCGCCCUCUUCCAGACGCACGCCCCUCCCGCAGCCCCCUAG